CAUGAGACGAGCAAAUCCCUUAGGCGGAGCCGAACGUCGUCCGGGACGGCGUCCUUGAGACUGCGCGGUGCUAGCCAUGGGCGUGCAGCCCCCCAACUUCUCGUGGGUGCUCCCAGGCCGGCUGGCGGGGCUGGCGCUGCCUCGAUCCCCUGCCCAUUAUCAGUUCCUGCUGGAUCUGGGCGUGCGGCACCUGGUGUCUCUGACUGAGCGCGGGCCCCCGCACGUAGACAGCUGCCCCGGCCUCACCGUGCACCGACUGUGCAUUCCGGACUUCUGCCCGCCAGCCCCCGAACAGAUUGACCGCUUCGUGCAGAUCGUGGACGAGGCAAACGCCCGGGGAGAGGCUGUGGGAGUGCACUGUGCCCUGGGCUUUGGCCGCACUGGCACCAUGCUAGCCUGUUACCUGGUGAAGGAGCGGGGCCUGGCUGCAGGAGACGCCAUCGCUGAAAUCCGGCGGCUUCGACCUGGCUCAAUCGAGACGCAUGAGCAGGAGAAAACGGUCUUCCACUUCUACCAGCGAACUAAAUAAGGAACCUCAUCACCCUUGUGCCAGGCCCCCACUGCCCUGACCAGAGUAUUAGAUGGGGCUAGAGAUAAGGAAGUACACUAAAGCCCUCCAGUUCCCAGCUGGCUCAAGAGACUGAAGUCACCCUUCCCUGCUGCCAGGUUCUGACUGAAGAGAUGGCUGGAGCUGCAUUGUUGUGGGGGUUCCUUUGCUACUUCCUUGAAUAAAUAAUUUAUAAGA